GUGUGUGUGUGUGUGUGUGUGUGUGUGUGUGUGUGUGUGUGUGAUGGACACACAGUGUGAAACCCCCUCACUGAAGGAACUGGAAAGGAUUCUGUAUGGAGGGAAACGGAGUGGAAAUCAUGUGGACGAGGUCUGGCCCAACCUGUUCCUAGGAGAUAUGUCGAUAGCUAACGAUCGCUACAGCCUGUGGAAGCUCGGGAUCUCACACGUGCUGAAUGCCGCUCACGGGAAAGCGCACUGCCACGGCAGCCACGGGUUUUAUGGCUCGUCUGUGGAGUAUUACGGCGUUCCUGCAGACGAUUCUCCGUCCUUUAAUCUCUCUCAUUACUUCCAGCCAUGUGCAGACUACAUCCAUCAGGUGCUCAACUCUCCUGGAGCACGGUUGCUGGUGCACUGUGCAGUAGGCGUGAGUCGCUCUGCUUCGUUGGUUCUCGCCUAUCUGAUGAUCCACCACCAGCUCCCCCUGCUGGACGCCAUCAAUACGGUGAAACAGCGCAGAUGGAUUUUCCCAAACCGCGGAUUUCUCCGCCAGCUUCGAGCUCUCGAUAUCACACUGAGUAGUGUACAGCUCACAGAGUCGAACCACGACAGGAGGAGUUCACACUUCUGUACUGUUUCUCAUUAACACGAGCUGCGUUUUUAUUUGUCUUAUUAAUUUCAAGAGAGAGAAUAAAGAGAGAGAAUAGAGAGAGAAUAGAGAGAAUAAAGAGAGAGAAUAGAGAGAGAGAAUAAAGAGAGAGAAUAAAGAGAGAAUAGAGAGAGAGAAUAGAGAGACGUUGGUGAGGGAACGAGUGUUUAUAGCUGCUAUAACAG